AUGAGGCAGUUGAUGGAGACCAUACAAGUCGUUGAUUAUGGUCAAGAGAUUAUGGCGAAUAUGCAAGAGGAGAUGAACCAAAGGGCCCACGUUGUCGCUGCUCCCAUUACUACUUCCAUUCCUAUGGAAAACCCUGUGCCUCCGGAUGCCUCUGUUUACGACGCCUUCGAUCCACCUACCAACGAGGUAGAGAAUAAAUUUAAAGCAAUUGAGGAGAAGUUGAAAGAAUUGGAGGGCUCCAAUGAUUUGGGUCUUGACACUACCGAAAUUUGUUUAGUCCCAAGUGUAGUUAUACCGACCAAGUUCAAAGUUACUGACUUUGAAAAAUACAAAGGAGCCAGUGACCCUAUAACACAUGUUAAGGCUUAUUGUCGAAAGAUGGCCUCCUAUUCCGAUGACAACAAACUGCUUAUGCACUUAUUCCAAGACUCCUUGAAGGGAGCAUCCCUAGAUUGGUAUAAGAAACUUGAAGGGAUUCACAUACGGACGUGGAGGGAUAUGGCUGAGGCCUUCCUAAAACAUUAUCAAUACAACGCUGACAUGGUGCCCAACCGCACCCAGCUGCAAAAUCUGACUCAAAAAUCCGAAGAGACUUUUAAAGAGUACACACAACGAUGGAGGGAACUAGCGACAAGAGUACAACCUCCUUUGUUGGAGAGGGAGUUGAUUGAUAUGUUUAUGGGUAACCUUCAAGGCCCCUACUUGGACCGAAUGUUAAGGGAGCUAGGACCACCACCAAUGGUCCUUCCUCCUGGCUAUGAUGUAAACGCCGGUGCGAGUUCCACUCCGGCGCUCCCGGUCACUCAAUUAAGAACUGUAAAUCCUUGA